UCUCUUUCUCUUUUUUUUACCUCAUUCCUUCUUAUUUUUUUUUUACUUAACGUACUGGGCUCUUCUUCCUUUUACAUCCUUAUUCACGUUCACGUUCACAUUCACACCCAUUCGCACUCCCAUUCCCAUUCUUUUGCCUUGCCUCACCACUAAACUACCCCCGAUACCUUAUUUUUGUUUAUAAAAAUGGAGUCCUAUCCUCUUGAAGCAGUACCUGGAACUGGUGAGGUUCAUAUGGCUUGCUUCACGUCCGUUAAAAAUGCACCUGAGCUCAAGGAGCGCCUCCAAGCUCAGGAUAAGACGUUGACCUUCGCUAUGGUUGAAUCGAAUUUGAUCAUGGAUGUAUUCCAGCUUCUAACAGCAGCUACCAAGGCUGCAAAGGAUCAUGAGGCUGGGAAAUUGAGUACUCAAUCACUCAGUUCAGAAAUCAUUUAUAACCUCUCACCUACUAGAAACAUCGCAGAAUCUCUGAAACGCUUUGGAAUCAAUGAAGACACAACGUCCUUAAUAGCAGUCAAGAUUGGUGGCAACCCCGACGAAGUUUUGGAGGAUAUGUCCAAGACAGUAGAUGGGAUUCUGAUCUCGUUUUCAAAACUAGAUCAAGAGAAGGAUAUGGUUAGGCUUCGCCAGUACUACAAAAUUGAUCCCAAGGUGACAGAGCAUAAGGAUAUUUUGAACUGGAUAAUCGGAGCAAUGGCAAUGAAGAAUAUUCAAUAG